AUGCCGCCGGAGUCUCUGGUGGAGACACCAGGCGUACCUUACAUCGUCUCUGAGAUAGAGGCCUUUCGAUGCUCAUCAGCGGACUGCAAGGUCAAGGAGUGGCUGGUUGAGGAACUCAACCCAGAGCUUCAGAAGUUGGCUGACGGCUGGUACUUUCCUGACUCCACCUCACCUUUCGAUUACCUGAUGACCAAGGUAAAGACUGACACCCUUCUCCCAUUUCUAUGUGUAACGUGGAAAUAUAAAGUGAAAAUAUUUCGUGGAAGCGGAACUUUAGGUAUUCAAGAGGAGAUUAAGAUAUAUUCUUUACUUCCGGCUUCUACCACCGCUUUCUCCUCCUUGUUAAGCUUCGGUGGUUUAUCUGCGUACCACGGGCAUGGAGCCCUGGCGUGUGGUCAAGAUGGCAACUGUACAUGGGGUAUGGCUUCACCUUCAAGACAACUGACUUCCAGGAUUACUAGGGUGAACUGUUGUGGACAGGUAGGGGCACAGCAGGUGAAGGUGACUGGGGAGUGGUGGGUGCCAUACCUUUUGGGGACCGGCGGUCACCUAGAGGCUACGAUCGACACCUUCAGCGCCACCUUCGAAGUCCAGCAGAAGGUUGACAUGAAGAGCCCAGCAGUACUCAGGACUCUCGACUGCCAAAUUGGUAACAUGGCAGUGCGCACCACUGGUAUGGGCUCCUUAGAUUACCUGGUUGAGGCAGCAGUCAACAUUUUGCCAAAUGUCUUCAGAAAUGAAAUUGUGAAAAAGUUUGAGCCCGAGCUGUGGAAGGUAUGGUUGCAGGGGUCGAGUCGAAGCUCCUGGCCCCGCUUCUUCUUGUUUGUGUAUAUGUGUAUGCGUUGUAACUCUGAGUUCUAUGAGUAUUUCUGGGUUAGUGUAUUUAGUGAAUAUAAAAGUCGUGAAAGGCAUCACCAGUAGAAUAUAAGAGUUUGUUGAAAGUUGUAUAUUGUCUUGAAACCUGUUGAAGAAGCUUACGACCCGGAGCCAGGCCUCGACCCCCCAUGGAGGAAAAUCGGCGAGUGCACACACACACACACA